AUGGAAAAACGCAAUCAAACAGUGCUGAAUGAAUUCAUUCUCAUGAGAAUCACAGACUGCCCUGAGCUGCAGGCUCCAUUAUUUGCACUCUUCCUCGUCAUCUACAUGAUCUCAGUGGUGGGCAACUUGGGCAUGGUCAUCCUCACCAAGAUGGACUCCAGGCUACAAACACCCAUGUACUUCUUCCUCAGACACCUGGCUUUUACUGAUCUUGGUUAUUCAACAGCUGUGGGACCCAAAAUGUUGGCAAAUUUUGUUAUGGAUCAAAAUACAAUCUCCUAUUAUUUUUGUGCCACACAGCUGGCAUUCUUUCUUGUGUUUAUUAUUAGUGAAUUUUUUAUUCUCUCAGCAAUGUCAUAUGACCGCUAUGUGGCCAUCUGUAACCCCCUGCUCUACACAGUCAUCAUAUCCCAAAGGGUAUGUCAUGUGCUGGUGGCAAUCCCAUAUCUUUACAGCACGUUUGUUUCUCUUUUAUUCACCAUAAAGCUUUUUAAUUUAUCCUUCUGUCGUUACAAUGUCAUCCAUCAUUUCUACUGUGACAGUCUCCCCUUGUUAUCAUUGCUGUGCUCGAACACAGGUGAAAUUGAAAUGAUUAUUCUGAUAUUAGCAAGUAUUAAUUUGAUAUCCCUUCUGAUAGUUCUUGUGUCUUACCUGCUCGUUCUCAGAGCCAUUCUCGGGAUGAAAUCUGCUGAGGGUAGGUACAAGGCUUUUUCCACCUGUGGGUCCCACCUGACAGUGGUCACAGUGUUCUAUGGGACUUUGAUAUUUACAUAUGUGAAGCCUACGUCCAGUCAUUCCUUUGACACUGAUAAAGUGGCUUCUAUAUUUUACACCCUCGUAAUCCCCAUGUUAAAUCCUUUGAUCUAUAGUUUGAAGAACUCAGAUGUUAAAUAUGCCCUACAUAGCCUGUCAAAAAAGUUAUAUAAUAUCUUUUUUAAAGUUGACUGCCCAAUGUGA